CGGAGCCAUGGCGGCCGGAGUGGCCGGCGUGCUGCUGCUGUUGCUGUUGUUGCUCCUCGGGCUCGCGGCGCGCGGGCCCGUGCCAGCGGCUGCGGCCAAGAUGAAGGUGGUGGAGGAGCCCAACGCCUUCGGGCUCAACAACCCGUUCCUGCCCCAGACCAACCGCCUGCAGCCCAAGCGGGAGCCGUCGCCGCUCUCUGGGCCUGCGCAUCUCUUYAGACUCUCUGGCAAGUGCUUCAGCCUGGUGGAGUCCACGUAUAAGUAUGAAUUCUGCCCAUUCCACAACGUGACCCAGCAUGAGCAGACCUUCCGCUGGAACGCCUACAGUGGGAUCCUCGGCAUCUGGCAGGAGUGGGAGAUCACCAACAACACCUUCACAGGCAUGUGGAUGCGGGACGGUGACUCCUGCCGCUCCCGGAGCCGGCAGAGCAAGGUGGAGCUUACCUGUGGGAAGAGCAACCGACUGGCCCAUGUGUCUGAGCCAAGCACCUGCAUCUAUGCGUUGACCUUUGAGACCCCCCUUGUCUGCCACCCCCAUUCUUUGUUAGUGUACCCGACCCUGCCAGAGGCCCUGCAGCAGCGGUGGGGACAGGUGGAGCAGGAACUGGCUGAUGACCUGAUCACCCCACAGGGCUAUGAGAAAUCGCUGAGGGCACUUUUUGAGGAUGCUGGCUACUUAAAGGGUCCAGGAGAAAAGGAACCCACCCAGCAAGRAGGAGGGACAACAGGCCUGGGGUUUGAGACCCUGGACAACUGCAAGAAGGCACACUCAGAACUGUCAAAGGAGAUAAAGAGGCUUGCCAGUCUGCUGAGCCAGCACCACAUCCCCCACGCCAAGCCCACAGAAACCUCCCACUCUGARCACCUGGGCCAGCACUCUCCCACAGAUGGGGUCUCAGAGCAGCUGAGAGGUGAUCCAGGACUACGUGGGAACACCUCCUGACCUGGGCAGCCACGUGGGCAGGAGGAGACAGUGCAGAGCCUCUGUGUCCUGCAGCAGGCAGGCAGAGCCCUGGAGCCCACCUAUGCAGGGAAGAUGAGGCUCCCCGGGGCCUAUCCACCAGGCAGAGGCACCCAUGACGACCUGCUGGCCAGGCAUUGUGCUCAGAAACACAGACAAAAUAAAGAUUCAAAGUUUUAAUUAAUUCCCAUACUGAUAAAAAUAAUUCCAUGAGUUCUGUAAACCAUUGCAUAUAGUGUAAAAAAAUUUAAACAGAUGUUAACAACUUUAAAUGGUCCUCUACAAGUAAAUGAUCACACAUUAUAAAUACGACCUUCUGGGUUAGGAUAAUCCGACUCAGCACAUUCAGCUAAGUGCUGGACACACCACCCCAUGGCUAGUCAGUCAGUGUGGGACACUGAUUGAACACUAGAGGGUGACAGACAUCAGGAACACCAGCACAGAGUCACCACAGGGCUUCAGGACCCCACCGCCAUCACCUGCCCACGGGACCCUGAGCCUCCCCAACUGCUGUGCUCUUGGGCACCCAGAGCAGAUCAGUGGGAGGCAUCCUGGGAUCCUGCACUGCUGACCCACUCCUGGGCAAUUCUUGUUGCAUACCUAUUUCCAGUGCCCUCCUGAUUCCAGAAGAGCCAGUGCACAGAGGCCAGCACCAUUGCUGUCCUAGCUGUUGCCUUGUGGCCCCUCACCUCUGCCACCAUCCCAACCCCAGAAGCAGCACUGGAACACUGG